AUGGCGGACGAUACCAUGCAUUUCACGCGUGAUCUUACUGGUAUGAAACGGGUCCAGAUGUACACAUAUACUGACAAUGGAGGAGCCCAAAUGACGAACAGCAAUGGAAAAGUAAGACUUGCACCCGGUCCUGCAGACCAGCAACUUGGAUUCGCUGUUCGGUUAGGACUUUCUGCUCCUCAGAGAGAGCUAGUCCUGUCGCUUGACAUCCUGUUUGCCGUGCUGCUUCCAUGCUCAGAUCUCCCCAGCCACAAUAUCCAGGAGAUGAUGCGUCGAGGUAAUGCGCGCUUUCUUGAGAAUGUGAUCUACUUUGCAGCGCUGCGCGAACUCAAGGGAUUCAGUCAGAUCGCCUGA